CGAUUUUCAAGAAGAUCAUCCUGACAACCCUGAAAUAAGAUUAGCUCUUGGUCCGUGUUGUUCGGGAACAAAGCUGGCACUACGGGGUUCUUCAAGAACGAGAUAGUGUUUUGAUGUGUUUUGCAAUAUGUGGCACUCUUUGGAUGUUUGAAAUCAUGUGGCCCCGCAGCUAACAGCCAACAUGUCUUGCAAAGUCAAAUUACGCCUCCGCGAUAUAUGUUAUAGCAACUGCAACUGAUGUUGAAAAUCAAGUUCCACUACAUACCUCCCUGGAACAAGUACAUCAACACAGGUGUGUUCUUCUGAAGUCACUGUUGAAACCAUUUGGCACCUGUCGUCCAGAAGAGAAGACUGUAUGAAUAGAUGUGAUGCUUGUACUCUAUGUUGGAUCUGACUGCUCUCUUUGCCAGGCGAGAUGAGAUGACUCUCAGUGAAGCGAACGUGGAUUAUGGCGGCUUUCUAAGUGCUGUAGUUGUACAACAAGACAAGGGAGAUCACCAACACGUACUUGGAAAGCAGUGAGUGCUCUUUCGUGCACCUGGCGUGGCAAUGCCGGCGGACCCUGCCAGCUCAGGCUCGAGCCAGAAGCGGCAGGAGCUGGUGACUCCAGCGGACGAGGUCGAAACGAAGUUCCCGUCUGCCUUUGGGCACAAUGAGAGCCCGACUCAACAGAGUAAGUACGACUUGCAAGAUCCACAACAGCUCAUCCAAUUUCUUCUGGAUGCAAACAUCGCUCUGGUGCGACUGGAAUACUUACAGGAGCUUGUUGCUGCAGGCCGAAAGUUCCUUCGUAGGCAGGAAGCGGAAGGUGAAUUUACAGCAGCUGGCCUUCCAGCACUUGUUCAAGCGUCAGAGCUGCAGAAGUUGGAGAUUGAUCCCCUUGGCAAUAUGAGUCUCUUUGUGAAGGAUCCCUCACCACGCAGGGUGACUGUGGUGAUUGAGUCCAUCUCUCACGCUUGGGAGAGCAUGGAGCAUCCAGAUCCGCAUGGGUUUCAACUGGACCAGAUCAUCCAGAGGUGUCCCACCAUCACGUCUACUCGGUCCGUAUGGCUGUUCUACGAUUUCAUGUCCCUGUAUCAGUACGGUGGCCGAACACCACCACAGGA